GCCUAGGUGCUGCUGGGCUGACGGUUGUUAGGGUGACGGGACUACACUAGGGCGGCGGGCUCCUAACGCUCCUUAGUGAGGGGCGACCGCUGAGGUCCUAGCGGAGGACCCGCCUCGGGGGAGUGAGGAGUAGGGCGGCACCUUCCCGCCCUUUCUUUCCAGUCCAGGGUCAAUUUGGGGUUAUCGCCGGUGCCCGUUCCAGGAUGAAGAGGUCUUGCUUUGUUGCCGAGGCUGGCCUUCAACUCCUGGUCUCGGGCAGUCUUCCUUCAUCAGCUUCCCAGCCUUCUGAAUAGCUUGAAAUUGUGCUCGCUUCAGCAGCACAUAUACUGAAUAGCUUGAAAUUAUAGACUAUAAAGCAAUCAGCAAGAUAGGAGAGGGGACGUUUUCUGAAGUCCUGAAGAUACAGAGCCUGCGAGAUGGGGGCUUCUAUGCGUGUAAACAGAUGAAGCAGCGCUUUAACAGGAGCCCUGCGGAUCACACCAAGAGGAGGAUGCCUUCCAGCUGCUCCCCAGCCAUAGUGCAGGAACUCAUCCAGCCGGGUCCUUCUGUGGACAGUUCCACAGCAGCUUAAUAAGCUCUUGAGAGCUGUUUGCCUCGCAAGCACAAGGACCUGAAUUCGAUCCCCGCGUGGAACAGGUGAACCAUCUGCGGGAGAUACAAGCUCUGAGGCGCCUGAACCCGCACCCAAACAUCCUCACACUGCACGAGGUGGUCUUUGACAGAAAAUCUGGUUCUCUGGCACUCAUAUGUGAACUUAUGGACAUGAAUAUCUACGAGCUCAUACGAGGGAGAAGACGCCCGCUGUCGGAGAGGAAGGUCAUGAACUACAUGUACCAGCUGUGCAAGUCCCUGGACCACAUGCACAGAAAUGGGAUAUUUCACAGAGACGUGAAGCCGGAAAACAUACUCGUAAAGCAGGAUGUCCUGAAACUCGGGGACUUUGGGUCGUGCCGGAGCGUCUACUCCAGGCAGCCGUACACAGAGUACAUCUCCACCCGCUGGUACCGGGCUCCCGAGUGCCUGCUCACCGAUGGCUUCUACACCUCAAAGAUGGAUCUGUGGAGUGCAGGCUGCGUCUUCUACGAGAUCGCCAGCCUGCAGCCCCUCUUCCCUGGGGUGAACGAACUGGACCAGAUCUCAAAGAUCCACGAUGUUAUUGGCACGCCCGCCCCAAAGACCCUUACCAAGUUCACACAGUCGAGAGCUAUGAGUUUUGAUUUUCCUUUUAAAAAGGGAUCAGGAAUCCCUCUCCCAACAGCCAAUUUGUCCCCGAAGUGCCUCUCUCUCCUGCAUGCAAUGGUGGCCUAUGACCCGGACGAGCGCAUCACUGCCCACCAGGCCCUGCAGCACCCCUACUUUCGGGAGCAGAGGGCGGCUGAGAUGCAGGCCCGGGCCAGCCGCAGGCACGCGAGCUUCCCGGAGUACCACAAAUGGCCAAUCCCGGAGGACCGCAAGCAGGUAGACACUGCGAUCAGCAAGCUGUGGCCCAUCUCUGGCGUGCUGCUGGAAGAUGGCACAGCAGGCUGGCAUGCCUGUGCUUUGCACCCCGAGUGGCCCAGGGAGGGGACCUGGCCCCAGCCCCUGUGCCUGGCCUGCCUGCUCUAUACCCAAGUCCUUUGCAGAUGCGCUUGGCCCUCAAGCCCUCCCAGCCCAUGUCCCCCACCUGUUUCAUCCCUGCUCAGCCCCUGGCCACAGCACCGUCCCUGGAGGACGUCGCUUGUCACCCGCUGGUUUAGACGUGAGACCUUCACUUGGCAGUGGCCUCAUGUGCUGUUCUGUUGGGGCUGGCGCUGCACCCCCCACCCCACUCUUUGUCCCUUCAUCCCUGAGGGACACACGUGCCGCAGACACCCAGUAUGUCCAGUGGUGCCUGGACAUCUGCAUGUCCCCUUGCCCAGUCUGGCCCUCUCCAGGUCUGAGGGCCUCCUUGGCACAGGGUCCCCUCGACACUGCCGUGAGUCCCUCACUGCAGAGCCCUCUGUCCCUCCUCAGCCCCAUGGGUGGCCCUGGUACUGGCUCUGCCUGGGACACGGAAUGUGACAUUUGUGUGCACAUACUUUUCGUGGGCCACAAAACCUUUUAUUGAAACUUGAAAGAUGUCAAAGCUGUCCUUCACCAGAGCUGCUGGGUGGGCUUGGGGCCUCACAGCGGAGUGGGUGGGGCAGGAGGCAACUGCCAGGUGGGCUGGCGGGGGCCGUUCCUGGGUCCCAUGCCUGCCAGGGAGGGGCUGUGUGGGGACAGCAACGUGGGAGAGUGGGUGGGGACCAUGGGGAGUGCACAGGGAGCUGGAGCCCACUCU